ACCUGCGGUUGGAGUUAGUGAGCACUGUUGCAGGAGUUGGAAUACAAGGCACUGAUAAGGAAGGAGGAGCCAAAGGAGAUGAGCAGCCUAUUAGUUCACCAUGGGAUAUAACUUUGGGAAGCUUAGCAACACACGAAGAUAGUGUUCUCUGGAUUGCCAUGGCAGGUAUACAUCAAAUCUGGGCACUCCUGUUGGAAAGUGGAAAACUACCUAAAGGAAGUGAUUUAAAGAAGGGAACUUGUCUUCGAUUUGCUGGAAGUGGAAAUGAAGAGAACCGAAACAAUGCAUAUCCCCACAAAGCUGGCUUUGCUCAGCCUUCUGGUCUCUCUGUUGCUGCUGAAGAUCCCUGGAGUUGCCUUUUUGUGGCAGAUAGUGAGAGUAGUACUGUGCGAACAAUUUCUCUAAAAGAUGGCACUGUGAAACACCUGGUAGGAGGCGAGAGAGAUCCAAUGAAUUUAUUUGCUUUUGGUGAUGUUGAUGGAGCUGGGAUGAAUGCAAAACUACAGCACCCAUUGGGACUAACCUGGGACAAGAAAAGAAGUCUCCUUUAUGUUGCAGAUUCCUAUAAUCAUAAGAUUAAAUUUGUAGAUCCCAAAAUGAAGAAUUGUGCCACUUUAGCAGGUACAGGAGAAGCAAGCAAUGUAAUUGGUUCCAGCAUUACCACGUCAACUUUUAAUGAACCAGGAGGCCUAUGUGUUGAAGAUGGAGGGCAAUUCCUUUUUAUUGCAGAUACCAACAAUCAUCAAAUUAAAGUGAUAGAUUUAGAAACCCGUACUGUUUCACUGCUUCCUCUUCUGCAUGUUGACACAGUAGACACUAUAAAUAGAGGGAGUAUUAAAAUGAGUGAUAAAGCAGAACUACCAAAGCUCCCUAAAUCGGCUCCACAUUUUCAGCUACCUUCAUUGACUGUAAGUCCAGGCCAAGCACUUCAGUUUGUGCUGAUGCUCAACUUGCCUCCAAAUACUAACCUGACUGAAGAAGCACCUAGCUCCUGGUUUUUUACUGCAGAAGAUAAUGAAUGGCUACUUUGUGAUCCACACAGAUCUGGGACAAUUGCAGACAUAUUUGAACAGCCUAUAAUCCAAUUUCAGUUACCCACUAACUGCCUGUCAGCUGAAGCUUUAUUGUCAAUCAAUGUGUGCCUCUAUUACUGUAGCAAGGAUAGUAAUGCCUGCAUGAUGAAAGGAAUCUCAUUCAACCAGCCUUUCCAUAUAGCAAAUGUAAACCAAAAAAACAUAGCUCCAAUCGAGCUCACGUAUACAUUUUAAUUUUAAGCACAGCAAAGCAGAAAACCAUGUAUGGUCCUAUUUACUACUGCCUAAUUUUUGUUGCAAAACUAACUGAACUUUUGCAUUAUUAUAUAUGUGUUACUUCAUGUUUGAACUUAAAGCAAAUUGCAAAAAUAUAUGUUUGCAUAAAUGGAAUGUGGGAAAUCAUGAACAUGUAUCUAAAUCUUAGUACCUUAUCAACUUAUUGUAUAAGCAAUAAAUACUAAAGGGCUUGGGAUCACUGUGAAUAAACAAAACAAAGCAAAAUGUAGAAAAGAUCAAUUUCUAUCAUCAGAGCACAAUCUUAAUGUUGGAAAUUCGUAUUUGUUUGAUUUUUUUUCCUGUGUUAUAUAAACAUUUGUUAGCACAUGUUUUCUGGACCAGGAGGCCUUGCUCACUGUCACUCAUGUCUUGAUCACUUGUCUGUUGGAUUACUGCAGUGUGCUCUACAUGGGCCUGCCCUUGAAGAUAACCCAAAAGUUACAACUGGUCCAGCAUGCAGCAGUGUGUGCUUCAAGGUUUGCCUAUGUUCAACUAUUGCUGCGCAAGCUGUACUAGCUUUUAAUUGUUUUCUAGGUGCAGUUCAAUGUUGGUUACUACUUUCCAGCUUUAAAUAGCUGCAGGACCACCUCAAGGUUUCUGUCCAUCCUGCCAGAUCAGAUAACAUGGUCGGUCUAGAUCCCUUUCCUUAAAUGUUACUUCUGGUGGGACCUUUAAGACAUGCUUUUCCAGUAGCUGCCCUGACCCUUUGGAACAGCCUGCCCCUUGAGAUUUGGAGGGCCCCUACACUUUAACUUCUGAAGGGUGGUGAGGACCUACUCUUCACUCAGACUUUGGACUAGGAUAGAAGUGAGCCCAGCAAAUGUAGGUUUAUGACAUAUUGCAGCCUUGUGCUUGGACUAUAUGGUGGUGUGGGGUUUGGUUGGUUUUAUUUAUGUUGUAUUAAAUAUUACUGUGAGUCACCUAGAAUUUUUAUGUAUAAGAAAGAUGGCCUUAUAAGUUUUAUAAGUAAAUGAUUAAUCUUUUGUUUCAAAUAAAAGCAAAAUAAUGAAAAGUAAAAUAUG